AUGGUUCAGUCGUCUUCUUGGGUGGAUCUCUGGGAUAGAGCUAGUGAAUUCAUCAAAUAUCAUGAUAAUGGAAUAAAUAUUCAUGAAAGAUUAUAUAAAUUUUUAAUUGAAUUUGCAAAAUUACAAAAAGAAGCAUUUAUUGCACAAAAACGAUUAUGUGAAAAACACUUGAAUGAUGCACAAAAAUAUUUUGGUGUCUCAAAUAGUUAUGUUUCAUUUUUCAAUGAACUUGUACAAAUUGUUCAACAUAUUAUAGAUGCUGAAAAUUUAAUUUCAUGCUCAUUUGAAAUACAUGCUAGUAAUGAAGGGAAAUCAGUUAUUGAAGAUGAACGUAGACAGUUUAAACGAUGGAAAAGAGAAAGGUAA